UCCUCCCAUUCCACAUUUCCACCCCUCACGGCCCCACCCACUCUCUCGAUUCUCUCCUCGCCCAAAACCCCCCCAACUCCUCGCAGGCUCGCAGCCUCGCUCCCCCUCGCCGCGCUCUCGGCCUCGCCGCGUCGCCGCCGGUCUCUGGACGAGGAGGUGAGGGCGCGCGCGCGCCUCGGGACUACUUCGGCGCGGCUCUGUUCUCGUCGUUCGUGUUCUUCUGCUUCGGUUUCGUGGUGUUGGCGUGUGGAUGUGUGCGUAACGGCUAAUUUGGUUCGGGUUUUUGUGCUUGGUGGUGGUGGUGGGUGAUUUGCAGGGGCGGUGAAUCGGUGAUCGAUGAGCGGGCUGGAUCUCCGGGAGAUGUUAAGCAGCGCUGCGCGGCGGCAUACGUGGAGGAGAAGCGGAUGGGGGGCGGAGUGGGGCGGCGGCGACGACGCUCGCUCGGCCGCGCUUCCGGCUCGCUGUCCUCCUCCCCCUCCUCCUCGUCGUCCCGCGGCUGCGGGUGGGCGUGGCGACGAGGGGAGCGGUGGAGUGCGGGGGCGCGGGGAGGAGGGGACGAGUCGUGGUGGAAGCGGAGCGAGGCGCGAGGACGCGGCGGGGACCGGGAGGAAUGCGGUGGCCGUCGUCGCCGGUGGCUCGGCCACGUCCGGCGCGGAGCGGGUUGCUGCGCGAGCGGAGGACGGGCGGCGAUCGAUGGACGGGCCGACGCUGGAACUCUCCGAGAUGAUGCUCCACGCGGCGCAGCCAUGGAGAAGCCGAUGCACGCAGCGUGACGUUCGCCCGGGCGCGGUUCCUCCUCGUCCCGUCGCUGCGGAUGGGCGAGGCGAGGGCACCAGUACAGUGCGAGGGCGCGUGCUGGAGGGGACGACUCGUGGUGGAGGCAGAGGAGGUGGAAUGGAGCGUGAGCGCGAGGUGGUGGCGCCGGCGAGAAAUGCGGUGGCCGUCGCCGGUGAUUUGGCCACGCACGGCGGCGAGCGGGUUGCUGGCCCCUUGGUGGCGAAGGAGAAGAGAAAUGGCGGCGGUGAGUUGGGGACGAAGAGGGGGCUAGAGAAGCGGGCCCCGCUUCCGCCGCCCAAGCGCAGGGUGGUGUCCGCUAAGCGCCAGUUUCCACCAGAUUUCGGUAGGGACUCUGCUGUUCCACUCGGCCGCGGCCGGGGCCGUGGUGGUGGUGUUCGUCCGUCGGAUGGGGCGCCUGCCCGUGCUGUUCUGGGUGAGAAGGUGGCGUCUGCGGGUAAUGGUGAUUCAAUGGCGAAUGUGCAUCAUCAUGCUGUGAUGGACACGGUCUUGAUGAAAUCUUCACAUGCUUCGGAUGAGAAUCUGGUUGCUUUCAAAGUUGGUUCACCAGAGAAUGGUGCAGAAGGGGCAGCAAGGGGAAAGGGAGCACACAAUGGUGAAUUGCUGGGAAAGAGGGAAGUGUUGGCUCAAGCUGUGAAUUUGCUUCCCAUGAGGAGGACUGUAUCUGCGACGCACCGCUUCACUGCUGGGUGUGGGAGGGACGCUGCAGCUCCACUUGCUCGCAGAGAAGAGGGUAAGGUGGGUUCAGGUUUGGAAGUCAUGCCUGUUGAUGUUGGUGGGGGUGUGUCAAAGGAGGUGAUGGCUACGGAUGGCAGUAAACAUUCGGUUAACCAGUGUACGGCGAACAUUGUUGGAGCUGUCGGUGUUUUGGAUGGAACAGUACAGUACCAGGAAUUGGAGGAGGGUGAGGUGGCUGAUGAGGCAUACUGUGAUGUAGAGUCACAAAAAGUUGUUGGUUGUGAUUCUUUUGAUGAUUCUGCAGGUGAAAGACAUGAGGGUGUUGUUCCUGUAACGUUUGCUGUUACUGAAGUUUUGACAAGUCACGCUUAUGAUGAGAUGAUGCAAAUUAAGGCAUUGCAAGAAGGGGGCAGUGAUGCUGCGCAGGAAACUGAACAUGACUUGCCAAUGGGAGGCAAAUGUGAAACUAUCUUACCUGAUGCUUCUCCUAAAUGUUCGUUUGGUGGUCCUUCAAAUGAAAUUGUCCACGGCAAGAGAGUGUUGGGGAGUCAUGGCAUGAAAGGGGAAGUUCCCAGUCUUGCAAUUGAAGAUCAUGGUGGCAUUGCUCAAAUUGACCAAGAACUGGAGGACGUUGAGAUGACUACAGGGGAAUACCGUGUUCAGGAUGCUCAAAUUGCCACCCAUGUUAUCCCACACGAGUCUACAACUGGUAGACAUGAGGGGGGGCUUUGUGCAUCUGCAGCUGCUGAAGAUGUUAAGGUGAUGAACAAAUACAAAGGGACCUUACCCAAAGGUGCUGCUAAAUCAUCGAUGAAUAUUGCAACAGGAGUAUUUGGUGAUGGUAUCAUGAGAAGUAAGAUACUAUCAACAGCUAGAAAAGUAGUCAAGCCACCUGUCAGAGCAAGCCAUAAGCCUCCAUUGAACACUCUGCAUAGACCCUUCUCCACAAAUAGUGCUUCAUUUGGUCAUAAGAAGUUGAAGGUAAAACGUCCAGAUCAAAGUAAAGAUAUUCCUAUGAAGAUUGCCUCUACAUCUGGAUUGGCGGGCAAGGACAACCUUAUCGAUGAAAAGGCUUUGAGCUUGGAAGAUGAUGAUAUUUUGAAGGCACUAGUUGUUCAUGAUGGAAAGCUUGAGGUGUAUCUCAAUGUUCCCUCAUGCGUUCAGCUUCAUAGGCAACAUGGAAGUGGGAAUGCUGAUGAUAGGAGCAAAAUCAGGAUGUUGUGCAGGAGGUUUCAGUUUAUAUGCAGGGCUCUCUUACAUGCCGUCGAACAGGGUUCAUUGAAGAUUCGAAGAGUUGACCUUGCAGCUGAUAAAAUCAUCAGGAAAUUGCCAGGCUUUACCAAACCUGGACCUACUGUGGGAAAUGUUAAUGGAGUGGAAGUUGGUGACGAAUUUAUGUACAGAGUUGAGCUAGCCCUUGUUGGUCUCCAUCGCCCAUACCAGGGAGGAAUUGAUACCACCGAUUAUAAUGGAGUGCUUGUUGCAAUAAGCAUCGUUUGUUCUGGAGGUUAUCCUGAUGAAUUGUCAAGCUCAGGUGAACUAAUAUACACUGGUUCUGGAGGAAAGCCUGCUGGUAAGAAGAAAGAUGAGGAUCAAAAGCUAGAGAGGGGGAACCUUGCCUUGAAGAAUUGCAUCGAGACAAAGACACCUGUCCGAGUGAUUCAUGGAUUCAAAGGUCAAAAUAGAGAGGACAACAGUCAUUCAAGAGCUAAACAAAUCCUAACAUUUACUUAUGAUGGGUUGUACCUUGUGGUGGAUUGCUGGACAGAAGGACUAAAAGGUUCAAGGAUCUUCAAAUACAAAUUACAAAGGAUUCCUGGACAACCAGAACUUCCUCUGCACAUAGCUAAAGGGCUGAGAAGGUCUCUUUCACGUCCAGGCCUCUGCAUAGCUGAUAUAUCUCAAGGGAAAGAAAUGGAUCCCAUCUGUGUGAUCAAUGAUGUUAGUAAUGUCCAUCCAACAUCUUUUCAGUACAUCUCUAGAAUCAAGUACCCGUCAUGGCUUACAAAAAGACAUCCUCAGCAUCAUGGUUGCGAUUGCUCAGAUGGCUGCAUAGAUUCUACUAAGUGCUUUUGUGCUGUGAAGAAUGGAGGAAAAAUCCCAUUCAACUCCAAUGGUGCAAUUGUCCAUGAUAAACCCCUCAUUUUUGAGUGUGGUCCAUCCUGUAGGUGCCAUUCUUCAUGCCACAACAGGGUAAGUCAGAAGGGUAUGAAAAUCCACCUGGAAGUUUUCAGGACAGCCAAUAAAGGUUGGGGUGUAAGAUCCCUAAGGUCCAUCUCUUCUGGCAGCUUUAUAUGUGAGUAUGUUGGUAUCCUGUUGACUGACAAGGAAGCUGACAAGAGAACAAACGAUGAAUACUUGUUUGAUAUAAGCCAUAAUUGUGAUGAUGAGGAUUGCUCCAAGGGGAGGCCAUCAACUAUUUCUAGUCUAAACUCUUCUGGUGGUUGCUCUCAGACCAUGGAAGAUGUGUGCUUCACGAUAGAUGCGUCUGAGUACGGAAAUAUUGGAAGAUUUAUCAACCAUAGUUGCUCACCUAACCUCUAUGCACAAAAUGUGCUUUGGGAUCAUGAUGACCAAAGGGUGCCCCAUAUCAUGUUCUUUGCUGCAGAGAACAUUCCUCCACUCCAAGAGCUCACUUAUGACUAUAACUAUAAAAUAGGUGAAGUCCGCGACCUGAAUGGCAGAGUAAAAGUUAAAGAUUGCCAUUGUGGUUCUCCACAGUGCUGCGGCAGGCUCUAUUAGGGCAUGGUUGACUGAUAGUACUAGGUUUGGUAUUUCUUUGAACAAAAACCCUUUGUAAAGUUAGUGUUUUGCUUGUUGUCAUUUGAGAGCUUUGUAGAUACAUGGAUAACAUGGAGUGUUAGUGGUAAAAAGCAGUAAGGUUGGUGGUGGUUCUGUACAUCUGUUGUCCUACUACAGCGAAAUGCAGAUUCUUGCAUAGUACUGUGGUAAUAUAUAUCUUGCCCGUUUGCGACACUGUUGCUGAGUCCAGAAUAUAUGUGGAAUUGAAUAAAAUUGGCUUGGUGUUUGAACUAUCCCAAGAAUCUGGACAGGACUGCAGUUGAAAGCAGGUACACAAUCAAACUUCUGUUAUUUUACAUAACGAUCAUUUAUGUCAUUUGUGCUAACAAUGAGCUAGGACAAUCAGAAGAUGGACAAGAUGUGUGGUGUGCUUUUGAAACCUGGGAGGUAGUCUUUUGGUCUUUGGAUUCAUGUGUGAGGUUGGUUACUAGUAUAACAUUAUUGCCGUUGAUAUGAAUGUUCAAUGAAUCUGCUUGAUCUGCAAUAGCUAUUGUGCUAGCGAAGCAAUAUUUUGAACCAAUGUAUGACUAGAUGAAUCACCUUUAUCUCUGCUAGACGUUCAAUACCUAUCUUUGUUAUAAGAAUUUCCUAGUUGUAGUCUUGUUAUCUUGUAGAAGGUUUUUAAGUUGCAAUGAUUGACAAUUAAAUCUUUUACUAUAUGACUAACAGAACACUUAGCACAACUUAGGAGCUAGUCCCCUCCAGUAAAAAAGAAUGCCUAUGUAUGCUGUUUUGAAUUCUGAAUUUCACACUUGAUGUACCUAUAAUCAGUGAGAAAUCAGCAUAGCCAUAUGUAUACCACUAAAAGGAUCAUGAUAUUACAGUUUUGCUGAUGUGUGGCAAUUAAAUGAACAGCCAAAUAUGCAUUUUUUGAGACAUAAAAUUGUCAAAAUAAGUAUUGCAAUCAACCUACUGUGCAAAUUCUUUUUUCCCCAUUACAUUCUUACGCAUUUUUUUCCCCUGAUAAGGUGUUUUUAACUCUUUGUACACUGCAAACAGAUGGGAACACUUGAUUCUUUUCAGAACAUUGUAUGAUAGUGUGGUAAACUCGUAAUGAAAACCAUUGGCAACAAAUGGCAUUGAUAUUUUUUAUAUUUUUGUUAUAACUGAUGGACUUAUAGAGGGAGCUAAUUUUCUUUCUUGUAGAAUCUUUGGUCCUUUCCUUGUUACUGCAAGAUUAACUUGGUGCUUGUUUGAGUUCUUGUCAAGUUUGUGGCUAUGAUUGUAUAGCAAUACUGCUCGUCAACUUGCACUUCAAAAUAUAUUACUGUGGGUACUGGUCGCCUUGAUGUGAACUAUGCGAAUCACUAGGAAGAGCUUCUUUUAACUUUUAAUUCAGAAAAGAAAAUAAGCACAACACACAAUUUUCACUGAGUCAGAAUGGUUUGCACAUUCAACACAGGGACUAAAAGUAAUAACAUUUCCAUUUUGUUUUGUUUUGCUAAUUUGGUCAAAUCUGUUUUGAUUUAUGUCAAUUUCUUUGGUAGCUUAUGAUCUUGAUAUAACUUCAACUUAUUUCAUUCUCAUUUCAAUGCUUCCAUAGUAAGCCUAUUAUUGGACUAAGAAUACUUACAAAAGAAUAAAUUCUGCAGAGGUGGAUGCUGAUAGACAUUUUUUUUCAAAAGUAAGCGAUAUUUCCUCUGAAAAGAGAAACAUUGUUUAUAUCCUUCUGGGCAGAUUUCAAUAAAAAAAAGUAGGUUAAAUAAAGACCAAUAAACUAUAGAGUUAAUUUUGCAGUCAAACACUGAGUGUUUUUUUUAGAGAAGGGAAUUGAAGUUUCAAAGUAACUUGAAAGCGGGUAUGAUUUAUCUGGUUUCCUGAAAGUUUAUGAUGGAUUUGCUCGGUUUCUUACUUUAGAAAAACUUGGACAGCUUUUUUUGAUGGGGAAGUUUCUGGUUGCUGUGUGUUCAGUCAGUAUCUCAAUUUUCAGAUGAUCAUGAUAUGACUUGUGGAUACUGAAACCAGAUAGUUCUGAAUUGUUCCAACCAAUAAGGUGCUAUGGUAAGUGCCAUUCUCUUGAUUCCUUGUCUUGCCAGAUGAGGCUUCUUAACUGAAUAUCUGAUGGUGCUGCUUUUAUCUAUGCUGCUGAAUUAACUAGUCGCAGUUUUGAGCAGAUCUUCAGCACAUGGUUGGUGUUUAGCCAGGGAUAAUAAAGGCCAUGUGCUGCAACCUGUACCCUAGGUCGAGGAUCACUAGAAGUCGCAGCGAGUGCCGAGGUAGCAAAGAUGAACUACUCUUUGAAGUCUUGAUCAAUCGGUGGGCAUGAUUACUGGUUUUGGCGGCAAGAGAGUGAAGUUAUCAGUAAAAAUGUGGAUUCAGUUAGGAAGAAAUCGGCUGUCACAAAAUUCUCUGCAUGAUUUGAUUAGCUCCAACAUGACGCAGUGGGGUUGCUUACCUUGGACAGCUGGAUGCAUCAAGACCAGGUUUACAGUUCUAAUUCAUUUCCAACCGUUGUUAACCUCUGAGAUUCCUUACUGUUACUGACACGAUUAUCUCUCGAUGUGAUAUGAUUUCCUCGUUCUCACAGGCUAUGUGUUUUAGACCGAGUGGCUGAUCUGAGAGGCACUGGAUACUCAAAUCAGCAACCAAACAUCGGGUUUUUGGCAGCUAGGCAAAGGUUGAACGAACGAACUCCUCUUGAUCAGAUCGGUGGGCAUAGCCAUCAGAUUCAGCAAUCAGCACUAGCUUUUCACAACUGUCGCAGCUCAAAAGAUGAUUGGCAGAACUGCAUUACCGAAAGAUUACCUGCUGCUGGUAGUGGUUGGUGGUUUCUGCAAACCCAUAGUUUCAGGCUCUAGCUUUAUUUUUUUUCCCCUUCUCUCUUUAGACUGUGGCUUGACUCUGACGGAAGUAAAGGGAAAUAGUUGCAUCA